GGGAGAUGGUGAGUCGGGGAUAAACACUCCGCGGCGGUGGCGGCUGCUGCUCUGCUCCGGGUUCUGUCACUGUGUCGGCGGUGCCCAGCUCACUGGCCCCCUCCCUCUCUUGUCGAGCGUGGUUGCCAGAGAGGCUCCCUCAGCCCUGCUCCGCGGGGUCCACAGCGGGCUCCACAGCGGUCCCCACAGCGGUCCGGCGGCGGCAGCGAGCCCGUGGGCAGUGGGGGUUGGUCCCGUGGCUCCGGCCCCCGGUGCAGAAUGGCGGCGGCGGUUCGGAUGAACAUCCAGAUGCUGCUGGAGGCGGCCGACUAUCUGGAGCGGCGGGAGAGAGGUGCACGGGGACGGGGAGGGGUCCACUCGAAACGAGGCCGGGGGUCCUGUGGGGCCGGCCUCAGGUCCGGGCGCCCAGCCGCUCCGGGGGUGGUUGGAGGCGGGGAGACCGCGAGCGCUCCCAACCCCUCCGGCUCUCCCCACGCGCGGUCCGAAGGGAAGCCGCCGCUGCCCCAAAGCAAUGAAUGGGGUGGAGAAGGGGCUGCCGCCCGCCGGGGUCCCGAACGCCGCCCCUUCCCCAGCCCUUCACGAAAGCUGAACAUGGUUAUGCCUCCAUGUUACCAUACAAUAACAAGGACAGAGAUGCCUUAAAACGGAGGAACAAAUCCAAAAAGAAUAACAGCAGUAGCAGAUCAACUCACAAUGAAAUGGAGAAGAAUAGACGGGCUCAUCUUCGCUUGUGCCUGGAGAAGUUGAAGGGGCUGGUGCCACUUGGACCCGAAUCAAGUCGACACACUACGUUGAGUUUAUUAACAAAAGCCAAAUUGCACAUAAAGAAACUUGAAGAUUGUGACAGAAAAGCCGUUCACCAAAUAGACCAGCUUCAGCGAGAGCAGCGACACCUGAAGAGGCAGCUGGAGAAGCUGGGCAUUGAGAGGAUCCGGAUGGACAGCAUCGGCUCCACCGUCUCCUCGGAGCGCUCUGACUCCGACAGGGAAGAAAUUGACGUUGACGUGGAGAGCACGGACUAUCUCACAGGUGAUCUGGACUGGAGCAGCAGCAGUGUGAGCGACUCUGACGAGCGGGGCAGCAUGCAGAGCCUCGGCAGUGAUGAGGGCUAUUCCAGCACCAGCAUCAAGAGAAUAAAGCUGCAGGACAGUCACAAGGCGUGUCUUGGUCUCUAAGAGAGUGGGCACUGCGGCUGUCUCCUUGAAGGUUCUCCCUGUUGGUUCUGAUUAGGUAACGUAUUGGACCUGCCCACAACUCCCUUGCACGUAAACUUCAGUGUCCCACCUUGACCAAAAUCAGCUUUGUAACUGUUUUCAAGGAAGUGCUUAGGAUUGUGGGUUUCUGAUUGCAUCCACUAGCUUCUCUUUUUCUCGCCAUAAAAAUUUGUCUCUGAGAGACUAUACAUUCCAAUCAAUUUGAAGCAUCCAAGAAUUCUUAGACCGAAUAAGCAAUGUCCACAUCUCAGCAAUCCCCCUCUUUGCUCUCCUCGUGUCCUCUCCCAGACCUUUCUUCCAGUUUUCUGGCUUACUAUGUUACUUGCCCAGGAGGAAUGUCCAAGUGUGUCUUGUACUUAGGAAACUGAAGGAAACAAACUUUUGAAAUUGAGAUCCUGAUCUCAGAACUCCAAAGUAAGCUUUGAAAGCAGCAUUUAAGAGCACUUAACCGUGGACCUCACCACCAGUGAGGAAGUCAGGAAUACCUCUAGAAAACACGCCCUUCACACCGCACAUGCUCAUUCCCCCGACGCGCCGCGUGUGGAUGGGAGCAGUAUUUCUCACUUUAAAAUGGACACCUUGAUAGUGUGUCUUUGGGGUUGCACAGCUCAUCAAAGUUCCAAAUUGUUUGUUCUCACAAACAAAACGGUACAAUCUUUUUUUGUGCGAUGUUCUUGGGACCUCGCUGUGUUCUGCUCUCUCGAGGCACAUUCUCCCCUCCAACUUUGUUAAUGCUACUUGUCUCUGGAACAUUUUUUUUUCCUACCUCAGAGAUAAAUGAGAUCUCCAUUUCCCACUUAACACAGUGAUUAUCCUUUUUUUCCCCCCCAAAAUAGUGACAUUUGGUCCAAUUAUAAUCUAUUUUCCUAUUGAACUUUCAGCAAUAACUGAGCUGUGGCACUAGCAGAGCUAGUAGCCAUUAUCAGUGAAAGAAAAAGUCCACAUUUCUACUCUCUGUUGCAGGUGAACAGGAGAGGAUGGUACACCGUUACUAGAACUCCUCUCCUUAUUGAUUAUUUUUGGACACACCCAGAAACUUCUUUAUGGAGGCUUUUGGGUUGAUAGUUUAAAAGGCUGAUUUUUCUUUUUGGUUAUGAUUUCUCCCUUAAGUGGUCUCCGACUUUGUAGCAUUUUUAUUUAAGCUAAAACAGAGCACAUGUAUAUGUACAUAAGACACAUUAAAUCUAUAAAUACUAUUUAUUCAUUUUAUAUAAACUAAUGUAAUGGAAAAUAAAUUCUUAUGACUUUGUGCUUUUAUAGAUGUUCUAGAAACUUUGUAUGUAGGUAUCUACAAAAUUAGUUCAUUCCCCUGAAUAUUUUUGCAUUCAUAUUUUUGAGGUCUUGAUGUUUUCAGCCUCUGGCGAAUCUUUUUCAUUGAAUUUGAACCAUUUGUAAAAUCUGUGAUGCUGAAGCAGAGUGUGUCACAAAGUGAUGAGAACAUUCCUAAAAUCCAUGGACGCACUGCGACCUAAGGGCUCAACGGCUGACUCGGCAGCGGGCAGCCACCCCACGCUCCCCUGCGGUCACUCGCACACCACAGCCUGAAGCUCCCCCAGCGCCUGCACCUCGCACACAGCUAAGGUCAAAGUUCAAACGCACUCCACACGGAAGCUCAUUCUAUACCCGAAGAGCAGUCUCAGAAAGCAAGAUUACUUUUGUGUUUUUUAAAAAAUGAUUCUUUAAUGUAUUUUUCUAAACAUUCUGAUUGGAAGUAGUGGAUUCCUAAAUGAUUCCAAAGUCAUCUGUAAUUCUUCUGUUUUUGUUUUGUUCUGUUUUUUCUUCAUUUUGGCUUUGGGUGGGGGGAGGGGCAGGUGACACAAAGGAUUUUUUUUUUUUUUUUAAUUUUUGGAAUCUUUUCCAAUAACCAGCUAAAGAUUUGCACUGAAAUACAACUUGUAUGCCUUUUGCAUUUUUAAAGCCUGCUUCCUGGAUUUAAGCAGAGUGAUAGUGUUCAAAGAGCCAGUUCAGCCUGUAACAUAUUUGAAAAAGAUAUGUCUGCACUUUGAGGUCCCUUUUGAAUGCCAUUCACUAGACCUCUCAAGCAUUUUGUUUCAUUGCUACAUCCAAGCGCCUCACAAGUCCACAAUGCGGGACAGCAUCAGAAGCUCAAGACUUUGGAAAAAGCUUGUGGGCUUGCACUGGGGGAGGGAAGGGAACAAAAUUUGUGUACUUCUUUGUUUAAUUUAGAAAUAAGGCAUCCAAGAGAUGCCAUUAUUUUCUGUGUUUCAAUUGUUGUGCCUUUGAGUUAAACUGCAUUUUUGUCUUUUGGUUGAAAUCUGAAAUGUACUGUCCCAAUAUAAAACAGUAAUUAUUUGACCUUUGCACUGUUUGUCUGGUCCUUUUCAGUUUGAUUGCAUAUAAAUGUGGAACUUGAUAGAUCUCUAUAUUUUUAAUGCACUUGUGAUAAACUGGCAGCAGGGUUAGACAUUACUUUCAAAGCUCGAGGUAGACCGAGUCAGCAUGCUAGACAGGCUUCUCUCUCUAACCAAAACUGUAAUCUUCAGGACCAGCAAACUCAGCCCAAGGCAGCUAAUCCCCCCAACCCCAUCCUCCGCGCCACCUGCGGCUGAUCGGCAGCCCUGAUUCGCCAAUUUGUCCUCUCUCAUUCACUGAUCCACCAGCCUGACUGCUAAGAGCUAUAGUCUUUUUAGUUGUUUUGUCUUUUUAAGCAAGAUGAAAACCUUUCUAUUAGGGAUUUGGGGUUGGGAGGGGAUGGGCAGAGAUAUAAACCCCAGCCUUUAAGACUUUGACAAUUGUACGUAAAUACAGAUGUGUAUAAAUAUAGGCACAUGCAUAUUUUUAUGUGAAAGUUGAUUUUAAAAAAACUAAAAAAAUCUAAACUGCACUCUUAUUGAUACCAUCAUAACGCAAGUGGGAAAAAUAAGAGUACACAGUCUAAUUUAAUUUCAUGCAGUGAGAAAAUAUAUAUGUGUGCUUCUGUAACAUCCUGAAAACAUAGCUUUCCAUCCCCUGUUGGCUUUGAAUGGUGGGCCGAGCACCCAGGUCGUCUGUAUUUUGGUUUUCUUUUGCUAAGCAGAGAUCUUGAAUUCUUCAAGGUGCUGAUAGCAACUGCUGGCUCCUUUCUGUAGUCACACACCUAAUGCUAGUUUAGUGAUUCAAAAUGCAUCACAUUUUUAGGCAGGACCUAGAUUUUCCCUGUCAACCUAAGAUGAAAAUAAUUUCAGUGUUGAUUCAGAACUGAACAUUAAGUAGGCCCUCGUCCUGCAGUUGGCCACUUGAGUGUUUUGUUUUGUUUUGUUUUUAAUUUUUAAGGUGGGCAUUUUCCUUUAACCUCUACUUUUUCAAAAGCAACAAAGGGGCCUCAACCUGAGUUUCCUAUGGGCCUCUCUUCUGCAUCCCCAAAGUGGCCAAGAGCAAAUCCUGGGGGGUAAGAAAAAAGAAAAAAGUGUAAACUAGGUAGGAUUGUGAUGCUCAAAAUAACCAUCUAGCAAUAUCUGGGAGCUUGAGAAUAGAUUUUGUGGGCUUAUUUCUUCUUGCCUCUUCCCCAUCCUUUCAAGAGAGAACUUAUUUUUGAAAAGUAUCUAUAUAUAUACACACACACACAUACACACAUAUUAUUAUUUAGGUUUUUAUACCAUACUGUAUUGGCGAGAAUACCACUAUCAUUGUCCUUUACAGUCUAUUUCUUCCCCCAAGUCUUGGUCUUUUUUUAUUUUCUAUUUUUUCAUGAACCACACAGGAGACUUUAAAAUCCUGGUCUUUUCUGUUUCUUCUUUGUUUCCCCAAGUUUGUCUGUCCCCCUUUGCCUUCCCUGAGUGUUGAACAUCAGGUAGUAAAAGGCUAAACGCAAUUUCCUGCAUGUCAAUCUAUUCUUUUUCUAUGUUUGACUCUGAUGCAGUGUGUUUAGCGUGUCUAGUAGCUGGCUACUCCUAUUUAAAAACUCUUCCUGGUAGAAGACAACCCAAAGACCCUUUUCGAUGAGGUGGUUUUCUCAUUCUACAUCCUCUGAUCUCUAUAGACUGUAGGGUGCUUUGCUUUCAAAGAUAACUGGGUUAGAGGGUGGGUGUGCAGUAGGUGAUUUAUCAUGGUUUUUUUCAUUAUCAAUAUUACAUGGAUGAUUUUCUCAGAUUCUUCUGAAAGAAGAAAUUGACAGGCACUGCUAGAUUCAGCUAUUGAAUGGCUGAAGAGAUUGAGUAUUUGACCUUCUCUCAAAAUCAUAAAGUGAGAAUUCUUAAGGCACCCAAUGUUAAGAUUUAUCCAGAUUUUUACAUUUUGAUUUCUUCUCUCUGGGGGGUGGCAAGUUGAGGGAGCAUUCUUCAUUUUAGCUUUUACCUGACAACCAAACUUGCCUUUACCCCAUCCCUAGAAUUGGUGCUCUUGGAAUAUUGCUGUUACCAUCCUUUUUCGGGGGCCAUCUUCCUAAUGCUACACACAGCCUGACAGGGGAGCAGCAGAUGAAAGGGUAUGCUAUUCUGUUUCCAGAUGUUUCUUUAUGUAAAUAUGACGCCAAUGUAAAUCCUGUGUCAAGAUCAUAGAGAAUGGUGCUUUUUACUACAGUUAGCACAUGCAUUUUUAGAAACUACUACAUGUUUUAGAGAAUCUUUGCUGUGUAUAUGUAAACUGUAUUGUUCAACUGUUAACAAAUAAUAAAUUAUUUCAUUAUUAAAGAAA